AAUCCUAUCGGCGCCAAGUACGACAGUGCCUGGUAAUUGGUUCCCUCUCUCCAACAUUCAUUUGCAUUUUCGUUCUCGUCUUCCUAGACUUGAGAUCGAUUUAGCAGAUGGCUUGUUUGUACAACACCUCUUCUUCUCAUCGUUUCGCGGUCAUUGUCAUUUGCACCUCAAAUGCUCUGACUUCCUUCCCGCCUUCUUUAAUUUCUCUUGCGUGUUCGUUUGGUGGUAGACAAGACGAAGAAAAAAAAAAGGAUUUUACACGGCAUCUCCGACGGUGAAGGAACCGGCCAUGGCAUAGAAGGCGCAUGGAUGUCUGGAUCUGGGUGCGAGAGGGUAAUAUCU